AUGAAGUCGAACUCCAAAGUCGACGGUGACGGUCGCAUGAAUCAUUCUGGCCCGGUUUGGGCAGAUGCUACGGCAGCACAGCAGAUUGGUGACGACGAUGACGAGAAUGAGGACGCCAUGGGAGAAGCGGACGAGGAGCCGGCGGCUGAAGGCAGCAACACCAUCUCGCAAGCCAAACAGGACGACAUCGCCAACGGAACGCAGCCAAAGCGGAAGCGCCCACUCAAGUUGACUGCAUCGCAAAGGGAAAGGAAACGUGCAAUCGACCGUGAAGCUCAACGCAGCAUCCGAAUCAAGACCAAGAAUUACAUUGCGCAUCUUGAGUCUUUGGUCAAAGCAAUGGAGCAGAGCGACACGAAUGGUCCCGACGGUGAGACUCAUCGGAGUAGAGAGCUCAUGAAUCAGCUGCGUCAGAGCCAGGAGGAGGUCCGACGUCUUCGGGAAGCGAUGCUUGGCGUGCAAAGAGUGCUAGGCGGCGCAUUGGGUGACGCGAGCAAAGCGUUACCGUCGGAAAAUAUCGAUCAGCGGCAACCUUCUUCGUCGUCGUCACCGCCAUCUGGCAACGAGGUGACGGGCCAUGCGAGAGCCAGCUUUAACACUGCCAUCAGGCCUUCCGUGGAGGCUGCAGCGCCGUUCUGGGUGCCGCCGCCCGAUUCAGCACAUGCGCAAUCCUCCAUCGCAAUGCAUACAGACCACGCAUCUCCUCUUGGGAUACACCCGGCUCGCCCGGAUAAGGACCCUAAAAUGCGUCAAUAUGAAGGCGAGAUGUUCUACUAUGCAGAAUACCAUCUGGCACGGGUCUACUCAGCCCCAGGCCCUGGAGCAUUUAGCAAUCGACCUUUUGACGAAGACAUUAUCGUUCGUGCUGUCAUCGAAGGCUGGCCGGCCGUUGAGGAACGAUACCCGCUCGAUCUCGGUUGGCAAGUGCUCCAAGAAAUUGACCAGGUAGUUUUCCCUGACGUCGGUGUUGUCGAGCGAAUGGCUGCAUUGCGCUUGCUCCGUAUGAAGUUGCUACACGUCGCCAACUCCACCCCAGCUCCGCACGACAUUCCCGGAUAUAUGACGUCUGAGGUCGUGCACCAGGACAAUCGAUCCAGGGUUGUGGACAGUUUUGUCUGGCCCGGCUUCCGCAAAUUGUUGAUCGAAACGCCGCAACGGUACAUCACCAACGAAUUUAACGAAAGUUUCCGGCAUAACCUGAAAUUCCUCUGGCCAUUUGAGAUCUCAGAUUCAUACAUCAAAGACCCCAUCACCUCGCUGUAUUGUUCUGCACCUGAGUUCAUGCGACGACAGUCCGAUAUCAGGUGCUGGACCAUGAAGCGGGUGUUCUUCGACGGAUAUGAGGAGCUGUAUCCGAGUGUGCCGGCCUAUGAAGCAGAGAUCCAAAAAUCGCUGCCCGGCCCAGGUAUGGGUCCAGGACCGCAUUCGGCUCCCCAGUCUGCCACUUCGAUCCGACCACAUGGAUCUUUUGGCAUGCAGGGCGGAGGUUCGAUGGGUAUCGUCGAGGAACACGAGGUCGAAGACGAAUUGAGCGAAGGCUCCGGUCCAGGCCCAUCCAUCGUGCUACCUAGCAAUGAUCACACGGCCUGGGGAGUUGCUCAAGUACCACCUUUGUCGACAUCCAUGGCGAGGCAUCCGCAUAUGGCCAGUCCAGUGACACCGAUGUCAGCUGGUUCAUAUUGGUCGGCCGUUGGUAUGGAGCAGCAUCAUGGCAUGGCAGGACAGGCAUUCCCCGGACAAGUGACUGCACCGCCGCAAGCGCAGCACUUAAGACAUCAAGGGAACAUGCCUCAGAUGUAUCCUCCCUAG